GUAAUGGGCGUUUUAGUCGACAAUGAACCUGAACAGAAGAAGAAGAAGAGCCACAAUAUUGACAUUAAAGUAAGGCACAUUGACCUAAUUCUUUAAGGGAAAACCUGAAAAGUGCUCUCUCAACAUGGAGGCGGUCGUUAGCCUCCUAAAUGUUUUCCACAGUGAGGACGGAGGAUUUCCUGUGACACUCGGCCUCUUUCUCAUCUUUCUAUGUCUUCUCUACUGGUAUUCAGUGUACCCGUUCUCAGUUCUCUCUCGAUGUGGCAUCAAACAUCCAGACACAGUGCCUUUCUUUGGCAACCUAUUCAUGUUUCGCCAGGGUUUCUUUGGCCCGAUAUCUGAUCUCAUAAGGACUCAUGGCAGGGUUUGUGGGUACUAUUUGGGGCGCAGACCGGUGGUGGUGAUAGCCGACCCUGACAUGCUUCAACAAGUGAUGGUCAGAGACUUUAGCAGUUUCACAAACAGAAUGGCUUUUCGCUUUGCCACCAAACCCAUCAGUGACUGUCUCCUCAUGCUGAGGAAUGAACACUGGAAAAGAGUGCGGAGCAUCCUGACCCCGUCCUUCAGUGCUGCCAAGAUGAAAGAGAUGGUUCCACUCAUUAACACAGCCACUGAUGCCCUAAUGAACAACCUGGAUGUAUAUGCGGAGUCUGGAGAGGCCUUUGACAUCCACAAAUAUUUUGGCUGGUUCACCAUGGACGUUAUUGCCAGUGUGGCAUUUGGAACGCAAGUGGACUCUCAGAAAAACCAAGACGAUCCAUUCGUCCGCCACGCUCAGAUGUUCUUUUCUUUCUCUUUCUUCAGGCCGUUGUUGCUGUUUUUCAUGGCUUUUCCUCACAUCAUGGCUCCACUUGCGGGACUCCUCCCCAAUAAAAGACGGGACCAGAUGAAUCAUUUCUUUAUCAACACCAUUCAGCAAAUCAUCAAGCAGAGAGAGGAACAGCCUCCGGAACAGAGACGCAGAGACUUCCUUCAGCUGAUGCUGGACGCUCGCACCAGCAAAGAGACUGUGUCUGUGGAACAUUUCGAUACACUGAACCACACCGAUGACCUCAGUCACAGGAACCAGCAAGCACGGCCGUCGGCCUCGGAUCACAGCAGUCCUCACGCGCAGGGGCCGCACACCAGAGGGCCUCAGAGAAAGAUGAUAACCGAGGAUGAGAUUGUGGGUCAGGCUUUAGUCUUCCUCCUGGCAGGCUAUGAAACCAGCAGCAACACGCUGGCUUUCACCUGCUACCUCCUGGCUCUGCACCCUGACUGUCAACACAGACUCCAGGAAGAAGUGGACGAGUUUUUCAUUAAAUAUGAGUCACCAGAUUACGCAAAUGUUCAGGAGCUGAAGUAUCUGGACAUGGUUAUAUGUGAGGCCUUGCGACUCUACCCUCCUGGAUUCAGGUUUGCACGAGAAAUCGACCAUGAUUGUGUGGUGAAUGGCCAGUUCCUCCCUAAAGGAGCCACGCUGGAGAUCCCCGCGGGUUUUCUCCAUCAUGACCCAGAGCAUUGGCCAGAACCUGAAAGGUUCAUCCCUGAGAGAUUCACCCCUGAGGCCAAGGCCAAUCGACAUCCAUUUGUGUACCUGCCGUUUGGGGCCGGACCCCGAAACUGUGUGGGGAUGAGACUCGCUCAGCUGGAGAUCAAAAUGGCAUUAGUUCGUCUGUUUCACAAAUACAACAUUGUGGCCUGCACUGAGACGAAGGUUCCUCUUGAGCUGAAGUCAGCAAGCACUCUGGGACCGAAAAACGGCAUCUUUGUGAAAAUCACGAGGAGAGACGUGGACGGCAAUUAACUUCACAUCCAGAUGAUUUGAAAACUCACUUUGUAGGGAUUCACUUUAAAUGUGUGUGCAGUUUUCUCAAUCAGAAAUACUUGAAUCUAUAAAUAUAUAACUUAGACUUUGGUUGUUGUUGUCGUGCUCAUCUAGUGGCUCAUCGCGUCAUGAUGAAUGGGACGUGCAAAGAGUGUCAGGUUCGAGAAGAAGUGAAAAACAGUACUGUGAUCUACUGUCGUGCAUAGCAAUCCUGGAUAAUGUGCAGCUUGUAUUAAGAACAGACUAAAACACUCUUGUUAAAAUAACCAUUUCUGUAUAUUUUCCAUUUCACCAGGAGCAGACUAUAACAGAUGUACAGUGUGCUUCUUUAUGAUUAUCCUGUUUUUUAAAUAUUAUGAUGAUUUAUGACAGUGAAUUCAUGUUUCUGUGAAACAAUGUAACUCGGUGGCUAAAAUGAUAAAAGUUGAAUAAAGCGAGCUGCUGUGCUACCCUUAAAA